CCCUUGGCUUUUGUGGUACAUCUGAGGGAUAGAGAGUCAAAGAAGUUUAGUUUUCAUUUUGAUUAGACAAAUAGGAAAUUCUCUGCAUCUAGAGAAUGAAGAGAGAACUUGAUUGUACACAUUGUACUUCAGGAAUAAGGUGCUGUAAUGUAACAUACUUUUGUGGGUAAACAAAAAAUUCUUUUUUCUUCCUGUUUUGAAAACAAUUGACUCCCUCUUUUUUUCUUUAUUCAUUUGUUUACAUUUAUCAUCUUUUUACAAUGAUUUUAAAGAUAGUUGUUGAAUAUAGGUCAUAAAUGUGGGUUUAGUGUUUAGAAAUAACAUAUUGAUUUUUUUUCUGAUUUAUAAAUAAUUUUAAAAAGAAGCUGUGUAUUGAAUUCAUAUUUAUCAAGAGAGCCUCAAGCCUUCUAAUCUAAACACUAUGUGCACUUUAAUACCAAAAUUGAAGGCCACACAGAAUUUUUGGGCUGCUUCUUACUUUAAAAAAAAAAAAAAAAAAAAAAGAGGGACUUUUUCUUAUUUAGGUACUUGUAUAUGUGGGCUGGUAUGUUGGUCUUAAAUCGAGACAUAAUAUUCAGCUCUUUCAACAAGCAUUUAUUUAAAGUAGCAAGUAUCUCUUGGUUGGGGAGAGGUAGGAGGAGGGAAGAAAAAGAAAUUUACAUGAUAAUUUUAUUGUAUGUUUGAAAGGAAUAAUAAGUUGUGCACAGUAGACUUGCAGUUUCAUGUUUAAUCAUCUUUUUUUGUUAUGUUAUGGUAAUUCUUGUUUUAUUCCAUAAAUUUAAAAUAAAAUAAAAUAAAUGAAGUAACAGGCACAUCAUUUUUCUCCUUUCAAUUAAAGUUCUUAUUUUCACUAGGAAAUUGUCUUAAAAAAUUUUUUAUUACUAUUGUAAUUUUAGCAAUAGAUUUUCAAAUUGAUUUAAACCACUAUUGCCUUUUCCUUUGAGAAACUUUUGUUCUCAUGCUGUACUUUUCAAAACAUAUUUGAAGGAAUUUUGAAUUAAUAUUUUAAUUAAAAUUUGCUGGAAAACCCUGGGUAAAUAUUAGACAAAUUUGCUUGCAAUCAAGUUUCAGAAAUUUAUGCAGUAAUUGGGUGUGACAGGUAGUAUGGUGCCAGCACAUCUGUUUUAAGGAAGCCUUUGCUUUCUGAGCAGCCCUAAGAGUGUUGUCAGCUGUUUUUCUUUUUAAAAUUUGUAUUUUUACCAAGGAACUGCCCUGCUUCUGAAGCUCCAUAAAAAUGAGCCUAUUUAGAACAAGAAAACUUGAAUGUUUUUAAAUUGGUGCUUUAAUUUCCAAAUUAGAGGGCUUUGGUCCAUUCAUGCUUGACUUUAUCUUUAUACAUUUAGUGAGAAUUCCUGCAAUUAGUACAUUCUAAUGUUAAUCUCAAAAAACUAAGGAAAGUAAAUAAGUUUUCAAGGUAAUUUUUAAGAGACCAUUACAAUGUUUUAGUUUAUUAGCAAAUUUUAAAAGAUAAUAUUUAGCAUCUGUUUUCAGUGUAUUAAAAUUUGUUAAGAGGUGAGUUUUAGAAUUUGUAAACUUGGGGAAAACCUGGAAUAUUUUCCAAUACAGUUUCUUUCUUUUACACCUGAGGAAACUGAGGCCUUCUGACAAAGAAGUUCAAGUUAAUCAUUUUUCCUACCAAAUCAUUUGGCCAAUUUUUCCAGAUUGUUAAUCAUAUUGGACUUGAGUUCAAGAAAUAUAGGUUUCAAUUACAACUUAAGUCAUGUGUAACUUGGAGAAAUUCAUUUAAAUUCCUCUGCUUUGGUUACUUUCAACUCCAUCAUAAAGAAAACUUCUCCACCCCAGUUGUACUGCCUGCCUCACUGCAUAAAUUGCCAACGUAGUUACUAAUGCACAUGAAAGUGUUGAGAACUGUCCUUCUUUUAGAACUUGGAAAAAAUAAAGCCACGCCAAAAAAAAAAAAAAAAAAAAAAAAGCCAAUUUCACAUUUGCAUUGAUUUUUUUUUAAAGUUACUAAAAACUGAGCUUAUGUAAAUUGAAUAUAUCUUUCUUUUUAACUAAAGAUCUUUAAAUUGAGCUAUUGUAAGUUAUGAAUUUAUGAUUUUUUAAUGUAAUAAAACCUAGGGUUUUGUUUUGUAGCCAUUCUAUUAGGAUACAUACAAUGAUGUACUUUUACUUUUUUAUUUACCAGUUCUUAACCAGUCAUAUACAAAAAUGUCAUCUUUGAAACAUGUACUUAUAGAUAUGUAAAACUAGCAAGAAAAGAAAGCCAAGAAAAGUUUCUUGCUCAUACUUCUUGAUUUUUUUAAAUGGUUGUGUAUUUGUGUGCUUAUGUGUGUAUGCACUUAUAUAUUUGUAUGUUAUCUGUCUUGAUUGAAUAUAAAUACCUUGAAGAUAGGGGCUAAUGUUUGGCAUAUUAAUAGGCAACUUAUAACUAUAUGUUAAUUGAUUGAAUUGAAUUUUGGUUAAUUAAUAAUUUUGUUUUUCCAGUUCUUUUUUCUCUACCUUAAAGAAAGCGUUUGUAUAUAGUCUGGUUUACUCUGUUUUUGACAUUUAGCCUAGCAUAUAACAUUAAAGUCUGAGGAAAACUCUUAAUAAAGUAUGAAGGGCAACUAGAUGGUACAGUGGAUGCCAGGCAAGGAGUCAGGAAGUCCUGAGUUCAAAUCUGUCCUCAUAUACUUACUAGCUGUGUGACCCUGGACAUGUUACUCAACUCUGUUUGCCUCAGUUUGCUUAUCUAUAAAAGGAGCUGGAGAAGGAAAUGGCAAACCACUGCAGUAUCUUUGCCAAGAAAGCCUCAACUGGUUUUUCCCAUUCGGCCUUCACAUUUGGUAUUGAAAGUCACAUCAGUCAAUCCAAUAUCAAUGGAACACUAGUGCCACCUGCUGCCCUGAUCUCCAUUCUUCAGAAAGGCCUGCAGUAUGUGGAAGCUGAGAUAAGCAUCAAUGAAGAUGGUACAGUCUUUGAUGGUCGCCCCAUAGAGUCCCUAUCGCUAAUAGAUGCCGUGAUGCCUGAUGUUGUACAGACCCGACAGCAGGCAUUCCGAGAAAAACUAGCUCAGCAGCAAGCCAAUGCAGCAGCAGCCGCCGCCGCAGCAGCUGCCGCCGCCACCGCCGCCGCGGCCGCCGCCACCCCAGCAGCCGUCUCCCAGCAGAACCCACCAAAGAAUGGAGAAGCCACUGUGAAUGGGGAAGAGAACGGGGCACAUGCAAUAAAUAAUCAUUCAAAACCAAUGGAAAUUGAUGGUGAUGUGGAAAUUCCACCUAACAAAGCAACAGUCCUUAGGGGCCAUGAAUCUGAAGUGUUCAUUUGUGCCUGGAAUCCUGUCAGUGAUCUCCUAGCAUCUGGGUCUGGAGACUCAACUGCAAGGAUAUGGAAUCUUAAUGAAAACAGUAAUGGUGGUUCUACCCAGCUAGUUUUGAGGCAUUGUAUACGCGAAGGAGGACAUGAUGUCCCUAGUAAUAAAGAUGUAACUUCAUUGGACUGGAAUAGUGAUGGAACACUGUUGGCUACAGGUUCAUAUGAUGGUUUUGCAAGAAUAUGGACAGAAGAUGGUAACCUGGCAAGCACCUUAGGUCAACAUAAAGGUCCCAUCUUUGCUUUAAAAUGGAACAAAAAGGGGAAUUACAUUUUGAGUGCUGGUGUUGAUAAAACAACAAUAAUUUGGGAUGCCCAUACAGGAGAAGCAAAACAACAGUUUCCUUUUCACUCAGCCCCUGCUCUGGACGUAGAUUGGCAAAACAACACUACUUUUGCAUCCUGCAGCACGGACAUGUGUAUCCAUGUAUGCCGACUUGGCUGUGAUCGCCCAGUUAAAACCUUCCAAGGACACACAAAUGAAGUCAAUGCAAUCAAAUGGGAUCCUUCUGGAAUGCUGUUAGCAUCCUGCUCUGAUGACAUGACGUUAAAGAUUUGGAGUAUGAAACAAGAUACAUGUGUCCAUGAUCUUCAGGCUCACAGCAAAGAGAUCUAUACCAUCAAAUGGAGUCCAACAGGACCAGGUACCAGCAAUCCAACCUCCAACAUCAUGUUAGCAAGUGCAUCAUUUGAUUCUACUGUCAGACUGUGGGAUGUUGAACGGGGAGUUUGCAUCCAUACACUGACCAAGCAUCAAGAACCUGUCUACAGUGUAGCAUUCAGCCCCGAUGGAAAGUACUUGGCUAGUGGUUCUUUUGACAAAUGUGUCCACAUCUGGAAUACUCAGAGUGGAACUCUAGUACAUAGCUACAGAGGCACUGGAGGAAUCUUCGAGGUAUGCUGGAACGCUAGGGGAGAUAAAGUAGGAGCAAGUGCAUCUGAUGGCUCUGUUUGUGUUCUAGAUCUGCGGAAAUAAAGGCAAAAGCCUAUAGAAAAAUUUUUAAAUGGACCAGCAGUGAAUGUGUGGGGUAGCAGCACUCUUCAAAAACAAUUCUAACAGCUCAAAACUGUACAAACUUGACUUAAGUUAGAGUGUACAAUGACAACAAUUCUCCCUGGCCACAAGGAGUCUAGUAUUUUUCUGUAAUCUUCAUCAAGGAGUAAAAAAUAAACACACACACACACACACACACACACACACAUACACACACACACACACACAAACACAGUCAUAUCACAGGGGAAAGGAUGGUUUCCACCUGGAACAUUCAGCCUUGGAAGCAUGAAGCCACCAGCUAGACAUUGCAACUGUUGGGUUUGCACCUGAGAACUCAUUCUGAUGACUGGGAAAAAAAACAAAACAAAACCAUGAAAGCUGUGCCAAAAAAAAAAAAAAAAAAAAAAAAAAACCAACAAAAACAAAAAAAGCAAAAUGCUGUGAUAAACCAAAAGGGAAAAAAAUUCCUCCUCCUUGUGGUGUUUUUUUUUCCUUCCAAUUUGGACACUACAGUUGCUUUCCCAAAGGACGUUCAGAGACCAGUUUGUACUGAUGAAAUGCGCGACUUUGUAAUCUCAACACUUUCUAUUUUCUAGAAUUCUUUUUGUUCAAUGGUUUUUCUAUCCGCUGGAAUAUUGUAGCCUGGACACUUACAGGCUUAGAUUGGAACUGGGAUUUCCCCUCCUCCCCUCUUCAGUUUUGUUCUUCCUCUUUUAUUUUUUCCUUCCCCCUCCCCUUUUUUUAAUUUUCUUUUUAUUUGUUCAGUAAGCCCACAAUAGAUACAGCCUAAUGGACAUAACAAAAUUUUUGAAAGACAGCUUUCCUCUUCCUCUUCCUUUUCCUCCUCUUUUAUCAUGCCCACCUUCAUCUUUUCAUUAACUCCUUCUCUCUUUCUUUUAGUCCUCCAUGCUUUAGACCUUAGCAUAAGGGGCACUUUUCAAUAAAUUGUGUAUUAAGUGCUUUAUGUGAGAGUAGAAGGCGAGGGGAGCUUUUUACAGGAAAAGAUGACUUAUUAGAGAAAGAACCUGGAGUAUUUUUGGAAAAAAUAUUUUUUAUGUUAAACGAUUUUAAAAACCUAAAGUUGCCACCAGAAAUAGGCAGAUUUGUGUGAUUCAUGUAAAAGACACCGAUUUUGAAGUACUUAAAGAUGCAGUAUCCCUUUUCCUCUUUGCCUCAUGAAAUGCUAUAGGAAAAAUUUGGUUGAACAGAUAUCAACCUUCUCUACCCCACUUACUGUGUGAGUUAUUUUAUUAACACAUCAGCUUGUUGCGUGUGUAAAAAAAAAAUUCAAACUCUUGGUUCUAAGUACAGUAUUUCAUUUUUCAAGCUUUAGAUUCACUUUAGUAGCUAACAGUGACAAACUAUAGGCACUAGGACUCAACAGAAAUUUCCAAACUCAUAAGGUGUGGAAGGUGCCGAAGGUGCCAUUAAAACCUACCCCCAAGGCAUGAUUUCAACUAUUAUUCAUUCCUUUUUUUUUCAUUUUUUUUUCUUUUUUUUCCCUUUUUUUUUGCAGUAACAGACACAGCUCUUUGGUAUCAUCACCAUUCUAGAGAUUACCAUUGGCUAGUCAUCACAGAGUAGACUUUAAAAGGCUCCAAGAUCAGACUUUAGAGAAUAACCAAAAUAAAUGUGAGGAAGAUUUUUCCUUCCUGAGGAUGAAAUAUGUAGGUAGGAUAUUAUUAAUAAUUUCUGCCGCUCUUUAUAAUUACUUUCCCUGAUGAGAAAAUGGGGAGAAUGUUUGUUUGAAUAAUAAAUCUUUUUACGAUUGUUUUUAAGAUAGUAAUUUCUUUGUGUUCCUAGCGGAGCUCCAUAUUAUCGUGAUCAGGUGAUCUUUUGCACUAUUUUUUCAAAAUCCUACACUGGCUUAUUUUUAAGAUUAGCAAUAGGGGAAAAUACUUAGGAGAGGAGAGGAGGGAGGCUCUUUUUUUACAAAAAAUCAUGUAUUUUAUUGCAAGCCUAGGAUGGGAUCAAUGGGUUGGUCUGGUAAUUGGGGCCCCUGUGGGCUGCUGAUAACAGAUAGAUUCCAGCUGGGUGCAUGUUCCAGGGAUGAUCAGGGGUAUUCUUGAAAAAAAUGAAUUAUUCUCUGUGGAGAGGGAAGCCUGUCUCCAUGAAAUGAGAAGAGCUUCCAAUAGUAUUUUGGAAUAGAAUUGAAGCAGUUACCAAAACUGUUGCAUGGUUUUUUUGUUUUGUUUUGCUUUGUUUUGUUUUUAUUAAUUGUUCCAGGAUGAUUAACAAGAUACCACUUGGGUAUUUGAAUUAUCCAAGAUCUGUCCUCUAGAGGACCAAUGAAGUGCUCUGCUUAUGAUCAGAGUAUUUUUUUUCAUCUAUUUGUUCCCCAGGCACUUAAAACAAAGCCAAGCUAAAGGUUUCACCAUUCCCUUUUUGGAAGACAGUGGGCCCAAUUAAUUGAUUUUAAAAUAACAUGACGACUGCCUUGCUGUCUAGGUAGAUUUGUGGAACAGUGUGGUUAGUGCCAUCUUUAGUCUUCUUCUACAAGAACCACACUCACCCUUCCCCCAAAAUAAAUCACUGUACAAAUUUAACCAUCUCUAAAUAUCCAAGUGAAUGUUGUCAGAAGGUAGUGGCCCCAUUUUUAAUGCUUACCACCAGUGACCACCCCUACCAACCGCCACCAUCAAAAAAAAAAAGAAAAAAUGGAGGCAAGGAAUCUGAAGAACCUGUUAGACAAUCUAAAUAUUAAUGUGAGCAGCCAGGGUCUUACUGAAGUAUUUUCAUUUUACCUCUUGGUAAAUUUGAACCCCGUCUGCAUGAUCAGAUUGAAUUAGAGCACUGUGCUCAGGAAGCUAUGUUAGUUUCCCAGCAGGAAAAAAUUUCUUCAGGCCACAGAUGAAACCCUUUGACCUAGGCAUCUGUCUUUCCAAAGCAUGUCACUGGUUCACAAAGAACCAGCUAACAGAGCAUGGAUGAUCCCACACAAAUCCAUCAACCCCAGCAGAAAAAAAAAAAUCAUUUUGUUCAUCCAUGAGUAACUACUUAUUCAAGAUGUCUGCCCUACUACCAAUGAGAUGGUGGAUUCAUCUUUAUAUUUUUCAAAGGACAGUUUGUUUUAUUUUUAUCAAUUAACUUUGUUUACAAUUCUUAAAAAUUGUGAGAAACAGAAGUACUUAAUGACUUAGUGACCAAAUGCCCUGAUUCUAUGAGCAGAGUAAAUAAAUCUCCUUCACUGACUGUCUUCAACUGAGUUUGAAAAGAUGAACAGCUAUGUUGGAGGGCCUGUGCCUGAGCUCAGUGUGAGAAAGAGUACUGCAUCUUUCACCUAGGAAGCAUUGAGUUGGUUCCAUGGGGGGACAAAAAGGGCCUAAUCGGACAGGGUUGAACACGCACUAACCCCAUGCUACAUUGUAGGACUUUACUUUUGAUUUGUCUUUUUUUAAAGAAAAAAUAGAUCAUUUCAGAGCCAAGUGAUGUGCACUUUGUCCAACGUAAGGGUCUGCUUUUUGUUGUUAUUUUUUUCCUUAAAAAAAAAAAAAAUCUUUGUUUUGCCUUUUUUAAAAAUUGUGUUUCUUGUCAAAUGCAGAAAUGUUUUCAUCCACUCACUGAAGUUUUUGAAUUCUGGCUUGUGCAGUUUUUAUUGUCUGUGUCAGACUUGCAGCCAGACUUGGUUCUCCGUCAGCAUUUCCCAAGUUCAGUUAAGUCAACAUUGACCCAUUUUGUUCCCCUGCCACUCCCUACUCACCACACACUUAAAAAUCACCUUGUGUGUCGUAACUCAUUUGUUUCAAGGAGAGAAUCAACAGAUCAUAUUCAGUGUCUUGAAUAAAUUGCUAUAUUUUGAUAUUAGAAAA